GUUUUGGCAUUUAAUACUCAGAAUAUUCUUUGGGGUGGAAAAUACGAAAUUGCACCACAUGAAUUCAUUUUCGCUGUGAUUGUCAUGGUAACUGACAUGGAAGAUAUAUUUUUGAGUAUUUCGAUGCUGAUGAAUAAGUGGUUUGUUAAAAG